UGGCAUGCAUUAUACUUCAAAAUUCAUAAGCAUUUCGUUUUUCCAAAUCCUAUUUCUGAGUUGACUAUCUUUAACCCUGCACUCCCGACCAUGCCAAUAGUACCAAUUUCCAACAUUCGCUCGAUUCGACCGAAUUCUCUCCAGGGUCUGGAAUUCUUAUACGUUCCAUUGCAUUAUAGUGUGCACGUUACCACGACUUUGAUUUCGUCCAUCGGGAACUUCUUGUACCGCCUGUGGUCGCCACCCUUGAGAAGUUGUUGACCCCAAAGUUCUAAGCGCGAUGCAUUUCACAUUUCAAAACAGAAAGUUUUCUAUACGAAAGUUAUUUCUAAACGGACUCCACAGUGCCAGUGUAGAAGAAGCCUUAGCAAAUAAGAGGUAAAAGAAGCCAGACUUGGACACCAAAUGGAAUGCGAAGCCGCGGGUGCAGCAGAUGAAAAAGAUGUUAGCCCAAGUGGAUGCUGAAGUAAAGUACAAAGAGGACAAGGGUCCAUGACCAGGACCAGUCUGGACUUUAGGCGCUGCCAUGGAUCGGGAAGGGGUCGAGGAGAAGCAGGGCGAUGAGAAUUCGAGAAGGGGCAGCAUCAUCAGCAACAGCAGCAUAAACAAAGCGACCAUCAGAGCUCCAGGAAGGGAACAACCAUGCACUCAAGGAAACCAAACGAAUGUUUAAAUAUCUAAAUAAUUAAGAUUACUUUUACAUUUUGGAUAUUUAUUAAUACUCUGUAAAUUCCAUAAAUAAAAGAUUAUAUAAAUUGCA